CCCGUUUUACUGCUUGUAAUACGAGUUAUGACACCUAUAAGCCUCAGCCUCCAUAUUUCAACCCCAACGUUGUCUUCAGUGUUGUUCUGCUUUACUUUCUUUUUCAGUUUCUGGGUUUUUCUUCAACUUCAUAUUUCUCUUUAGAGCUCUCUCAUUACCCACUGGGUAAUAAUUUACAGAGCGUUUUGUUCAGAAUUUGUUAGUGUUAGGAAAAGGGAAAAUGGAAGCGAUUUCUUCCAGGGCUUGGAUGGGUGUUGUGGCUAUCUUUGCACUUGCUUUUGCAAUUGGGUCACCCUAUGUUGAAGCUCAAUCUGCGGCUCCAGCCCCUUCUCCUACUAGUGAUGGAACUUCAAUUGACCAAGGGAUUGCAUACGUGCUGAUGCUUGUAGCCCUGGUGCUCACAUACCUCAUCCACCCACUAGACGCAUCUUCCUACAGCUUCUUUUAAGUUAUUCUUAGGACUGGGAGGAUCAUUUAGGUCAGGGUUGCAAUACAAAUUGCUAUGUGGAUAAAUCUAUGAACUUGUUUCUUUUUUUUUUUUUGGGGAGUGGGGGUGAUGAAUGGUGGUGGUUAACGGUUUGCAUUUGUUUCGAGAGAUUGAUUGGUUACUAUUGUUUCCUGGUG